AUGGAAAAAGAGCAAGAGGAAAUUCAGUUUCUUGGUUUCUUUGGCAUUUUCAAAGAGUCUUUCAUUAUAACUUUUUCAUGGAGAAAGGUUUUCUUACAAAUCACCUUAGCCAUUAUUUGUCCUCUCUCUCUAAUCUUCUUGGCUCAUAUGCAAAUCUCUCAAUUCCUCUUUGAAGACAUAAUUCACAAUGAAGAGGCAUCAGGGUAUACACACAAGAGUUCAUACACAUAUUUUAACAUUUCCAAUUCAAUCUCGUCCGAUUGGACAACAUUUUGGACGUUCAAAUUCACUUACUUCAUUUUCUUCCUCGCCCUCUCCCUUCUCUCGACUUCUGCUGUAGUCUACACUAUUGCUUGCAUAUACAUCUCGAAAACAAUAACCUUCAAAAAAGUCAUUAGAGUGGUACCGAAAGUUUGGACGAGACUUAUGAUAACUUUCAUAUGGAGUUUCAUCGUCAUUUUUGCAUACAACGUUCUUGCAUUACUUGUACUUUCUACAGAAUUUACCGAUAUUACUACCCUAACUAGAUUUCCAAUAUUUGCAAUUCUUGCUGCCGUAUACAUAAUGGGAUUUCUUUAUAUAAGCAUCAUCUGGCAUUUGGCUAGCGUGAUUUCUGUUUUGGAACAAGAUUAUGGGAUUGAAGCCAUGAUCAAGAGCAAGAAAUUGAUAAAAGGCAAGUUAAUCAUUUCACUAUCCAUUUUCCUGUUGCUCAAUCUGUGUUUCAUUGCAAUUCAACUGGGAUUUCAAAGGUGUUUUGUUCUUGGGAACUACUCUUUAUGGAGCAAAUUAGGGUUCGGAAUUUUUUGCUUUUUUUCGCAGUCCAUUUUGACACUAUUUGGCCUUAUAAUCCAAACAGUCCUUUACUUCGUUUGCAAGUCAUAUCACCAUGAAACUAUUGACAAAUCUUGGUUAGCAGAUUCUCUUGAGGUUUAUGAUUAUUUAGGGGAUUAUGUCCCUUUAAAAUCAAAGGAUGUUCUAUUGGAACAAUUUUAUGUGUAA